AUGGAUACACAUAUAAAAUCGACAAAUGAGAAUGGAUCGAUUGCAUUCCCAGAGAAUUUUAGAAUCGUAAAACGUGUAACAAACAGUGAAUUCAAUAGAGGCGAUGAUGUUUUGACGACAGGACACUUCUUACGUGGAUCAUAUGAGUAUCCUGCUGAUAAAGGUGCUGUUCUAGUGUUGAGUGCAAUGGGUUGGAGUGAAAUGUCAAUCGUCGACAAAGAGAGAAUAGCUGUUUACUGGGUAGAUCAUCUUCUACAUCCAAUCAAUGGUAUCAUUUGGUCACAAUACAUUGAAGAUGAAUGUUCUCAACAGUUUGGUGGAUCUCUCAAUCUAUUCAAGCCAUCAUUUCACGAACCAAUAGUAGAAUCAUUUAAAGAUGGUUCAACAAGUGUAAUAUAUUGGCAAUAUGAUUUAAGAUAUAAAGUAGUAAGAAAUCAUAGAGUUUUAUUCGAUAAGAAUGGCAAUAUAACAGAGAGAAUAGUAUUGAACUCAUCAUCAUCACAGUUUUAUAAUGGAUUAUCAAUAUCUUUAGGUGUUUUAGCUGUUACUUUUGCUUCAUAUUAUUGUUUGUGUAAAUCAUUGGAAUCAUUUAUAGCAUUACCCUGUGUAUUUACAACAAAUAAACCACCAUGUUUUGUGCUCAAACAUCUGACUGGUGGUGAUUAUAAUACACUUGAAUGUUGGACAUAG